CUCAUGCCCGGGAAAAUGGGCUGCGGAGCCAUGGAAGCUACACUGGACGGUUUAUUACUGAACCUUGACGAACUGAACUCGAAAUGAUCGGACCAUCGCGGGCCCAUUGACACACCCCACGGAGACGCUGCGCAUCCCCACGAUGCGCUGACGACAUGGAACGGCAACACGACGAACCACCAUGUCGUCUUCGCUUUCUUCUGUCCCCUCCAAGGCAGCCCUGACGGCGCUGCGAGGGCUCGUCGUGGGCACCUCAUGCGCUAUCGCCUUCAUUGCCGAGGACCGCCGCCGGAAAAUCAACUGUGCGAGACAGAUCAUUGAGAAUGGAGAGAAGAUCAAGGCGGCCAAGCGAUAUCGGCCGGGAGGUACCGCGCUUGCCCUGGCCAUAGAAGAGGAGGCACUAUUGGAUCCGGCACUCGUCCCGUCAUCUCGUGCGAGGCUCGUGUUACAUCAGGUCGAUGUGGCCCCAACGCCGAUCCCACCCAGGAGAGAGAUCAAGCAGAUUGAGGAGCAGGUCAGCUACGAGGACAUCGAUUCUACGGGGGGCGUGGCACGCGCCAUGGUGUCGGAACAGAGCGACGCCAGCAACACGAACAGUGCCGGCAUCUAUGCGCAGCCCGAGGAACCUGCCAGGAGAAACCCCCACAAACCGCUUCAGAACCUCCUGACCCUGCGAACCACAGCUGCCAAACCCGGUCCGAGUUGGUUAUGGACAAACACAGCGGCGAUACAGGUGUACGCGUUCCCGACGGUCGAUGAAAUCGUGGUCAAAGUGCACGAGGCCUGCCGCAGCAGAGACCCUCGCCAGAUUGGCAGCGCCGUACGAACCGUCCUCGAGGCCAUGAACCUAAAAUCUGCGCCUAGCAACCUGGAUACCUCUUGGAUUGAAGCAACCGCGCUGUUAUGUCGGGUUUGUCAUGAAGAGGGCCGACUCAAGGAGGCUGUGGAUAUCCUCUGCCGGGUUGUGGCUCGGGGCGUGCUGGAAGAGGGCGCUUACUACAACCACAAGCCUUUCGCAGUGAUUGACUCCUUGCUGGCAGACACGGAAUUCAGCAAGCAAACGCGAGCCGCCUACCUGACAAACCUUUCGACGGCUAUCAAUCUGUUCCUUCCCACCUUUCCGGCGCCUCCAACGGAUCCGGACCACCAGAUGUACAGCCUCGGACGCCGGUUACUCGAGAUAUGUUUCUCGUUGGGCCGUCUGGGGAGAAUCUUCGGCUUGUAUCGGCGGUGUAACAUUGUCGCAGGCGAGAACUCGGGUGAUUUGACGUCGUGGUUUCUCGCAAAGUUGUACGAGCAAAGCGAUUACAGGUCCGUCGUCAAAAUCUUCUGCUCCACCUACCCGAAGUCCUCCCCUACGGAAGCAUCGGUGCAUGCCAUCGGGGACACCAUAGUCCACAGCGUGGAACUCGCCCUGAACUACAAGGCAGCUCAGGUUUUGGAGACGCUGCAUGGUGUCUGUUCCCAGCUUGUGAAUACCAAGCUCAAGCCGGAAUGGGUUAUCAAGCUACUCAUAUGUCACUGGAAGCAGCACCACAGCUUUCAGGCAGUCGAGGCUCUCUUUGGGACAUUGCAGACGCCUAGCCUGAAGGAUACGGUAUUCCGUUCCUACAACGUCUACCGCAUUAUGGUUGAGCUGGCUCUAGAAGCAGGGGAGGAGGACAAGGCUGAGUCCUAUUUCAUGGCUGGGGUCGCCGAAUACCCCCCUCUUGCCUCGGAUGUCCGGCUCCUGGGCGUGUUCGCUCGCUUCCAUGCCAAAGAUGGAGAUUGGGAAGCGGUCCGCGCUGAUUUCGAGGCCAUGACGCUGCGUGGAGGCCCAAACCCCAGCCGAGUGUUCGUCCCGAUCCUCAAGGCGUAUUCCGAAACCCAUACAGUUCGCGAGACCGAGGCUUUCCUCAAGUCCUACGUGGAUGAGCUCAAGGUCCCUUUGUGCGGCCAUGUGGUCACUCUGAUGGCGAAGCAGUAUGCGGCGAUUCGGGACAUUGAUUCCUUGGUCGAAUGGCUCGACUAUUGCAGCCGGGCAAAUUUCCCUGUCGAUGCUGCCUUCACCAACGCCAUACUAGCGAGAUGCCGCAGGCAGUGGCAUUUCCCUUUCAGAGACCUCCGCACCGUGUUCCGGAAGUUGCGAGCCCUGAAUCCGAAUUAUGUGGACGGGCAUACGGAGCAACUCAUGAAGGCCGCAGCGCUAGCGGACUCCAAACACGGCGGAAGGUACGCGCAAGGGCGAUUGCUCUCGUUGAAGCUCGCCCCGAACAAGGUCUCCUCUCAGGGUAAACGUGAGCAGGUUGAAGACGUCAUCUUAGCAAUGAAAGAGGCUCUCGCCUGCAAUCGUCCGGAGCGCGCCGCCUUGAUUUACAAGCGGGCACUGCGCGAGGGCAUGCCAUACUCUCAAUACGCCCUGCGUCUGGCCGUGCAGGCGUGGCUGAUCUCGACGCCCAACGACUACCAGGGAGCCUACAGCCUCAUACGGGACGCCCAGUCAAGGGGCGAAGAUGUAAAUCCGGUGAUCAACUAUCUCGUCGCGAAGCAGCUCGGCGAAACAACGGCCACUGCCCACAACUCAGAUGUCUAUAACACCAUCCAAGCGACCCUAACUAACUUCCAGAAGGGAGGGUUUCAGAUCACCGACAACCUCCUCCAUCGCGCCGCCUGGAUCUGUCUGACCGCUGGUCACUUCCCAGGCGCCAUCAGCUAUGCCCUUAAGGCCGCCGAAGUGCGCGGUGCCUCAUGCGGGCCUUGCUUCAACCUGCAGAACUUCAAGAUCCUGCUCGCUGCCUAUGCAGAGUUGAUCGAUCUCAACGGCAUCCGGAACACCAUUAACCGGUGUCUCGCAAGCCCGUACAAAGAGGACGUCGCCUGCCGCAGGGCGCUCAGGCACGCCCGCGCACGGGUGGCGCAUUCACAGGCACGGGCUGUCACGCCCGAGCAGCGAAUGCGAGCACGGGCGGUUGUGGAUGAAGGGAUCAAGAAAAUUGUGGAGGCCAGGAAGGUGAUGAGGGCAGAGGGCGAGAAGCUGGAGGCCGAGGCGAUACGCAUCAUGAGGCAGGCUGCGUUAGAUGCCGGCUGUCCGCCGGUGGAGUUCGAGAACAUGCCUUUUCUGGGUAGGCCGGAGGCUAGGAACGUGGCGGAGGGAGAGCCCGAGGACUAUUAUAGCGCGUUGGAACGGGAGUUGGAGGCUCCGGGCAGGGUUACUGUUGUUGAGGCGUUCUAGGAGGUUGCGCAAUGGACAACGGGAGAAAUCUGCAUUGGAUAGGUAACUUUAGAUCCUCGCCAUUGUAAAGGUGUAAAAGCACACUGUAUUACUGUACAUGGGUCAAACUGUUUAGAUACUCUCAUAUAUCUAUACAUCCCUGAUUCCGUAUCCGCCUCGAUUAUGUGACGCUUGGCUAGACGGAACGGUUGG